AAAUACUGAAUGUGAAUAAACGUGUAUUUAUCGAUCAAACGUAUAUGUUUGUCGUCAGGGAUACCACGCGAGAAUAUUUUAGAUUUUUUAGUUAAUGAAUAGUGAUCGCGUUAUUUGCGAAAUCUAACGAGAAUCUUUAAGAGAAUAUUAUGGCAGAUAUAGAAUAUAUAGUAUCGCCAUGGGAAAUUGAAGCUUACGUGCAAAGUUUGAACAUUUCAACUCUGGAUGAUGUUGGCACGAAAAGCUGGUUGGAUUUUCAUAAGAAAUUGACAUUAUUAAAUCAACAAAGUGUACUCGAGAUAACAGAAUUGCGCGAAGAAAGCGUUAUGGAAUGGUUUAUCUCAUUAAAGAAAGUUCCUAUUCUCAUAUACGAAGCUAUACAAAUUAAUGUAUGGAAACAUAAAGUGCUUCCACUUUUGAUAGAUCUCAAUGGCGAGCCAUCAAACACGUUUAUGAUGUUCAGCGUACUUUAUCAUGAAGUCAUUGUGAUUUCAUUAUUGGAGAAUAUAUUAUUUCAUUGUGAAAGCGCGCAAACGAUAGAUGAUAUGGUGAUCGAUCUUAUUGAUUAUGCUGUCGAGCACGUAACGAUGCUUUUCAAUGAGAAAACCAUCGAAAUCUACGAAAGAUUCGAAAUUAAAGAUCCUAACUCUUGUCUCAAAGAAAUUUUAGAGAAACUGAAGGUAUUUGAAUUUGACAUUGGGAUGCGAUGUAUCUCCAUCCUUUACUAUCUAAUACAAUUUCUGGACAGCUUACCCCUUUGUGCUGUUUCACGUAUGUUAGCUACACAUGAUAUUCCUUACUUAUUUGCGCAAUUAAUAGAAACUCAACCAUGGAAGAAGCAAAACGAAGAUGGUGAAAUGUUAAUGUAUGAUGCUAGCUGGAGAAAAAUUAAAGCAAAUGAAGUGGGAAAAAUUAAUAAAAGAGAAGGCCAGGUAUGGUUUGCUCUGAGAGAAUUACUUCUGAACCCAAAAUGCUCUCCGUAUUAUGAAAUUACAGAGCAUAGAUUGUCUCAGUUAUCUAAGUUGCAGAAAUAUUUACAUGAAGAUAUAUUAGAUCAAAUUGCUCCUCUGAUAGAGCUUAAGAGAUGGUUAUCUUAUAUAAAUAUAAAUGCAAUGCCAUCUUCCAGUGCAAGUUGUGCGAUUCGUGUAGAAAUAAUACCACAGGUAAAAUCAUCCAUUUUGGAAAAAUACCAUAAAAAAUGGAAAAAGUUGGCCAGACAUCAGUCCAAAUAUCUAUUUACAAUGGAUAAAAGUUAUAUUAAAGAUGCUGCGCAAAUCUUAAGUGAUGGUUAUGAUUUAGAAAAAUUAGAUCGUAUGGAAGCAAAAAAGUGUGCACUAUGCCAAGAAUUGUCUAAGAAACGAUGCUCUAAAUGUAAGGAAGUCUGGUACUGUAGCAGACAAUGUCAAGUGAAAAAUUGGGAAGAGCAUAAGAAGAUUUGUAACAUAUUAACAAAAACUAAACAAUGAGCAGAUUCUUGAAAAAUUAAAAAUGUAUUUACCUACAAAACA